ACCAGCUAUAUUGCGGGUCCGUGGUACUCCAGCCAAUCCGCUUCUCGUUAUGUUACGAAACAGAUUCUAGUGUACCGUUGCCUGUUGGCGAUUACAACAGCCAGCAGGCCCACCGUAACCCGCCACCAAUGCCCCUCUUCACCAUCGCACUCACCCAAACCACCAUCAAUCUCUGCACUCUCCACGAAAGACUCCAACCUUUGGCCCACCGAUCAGCCGCUUCUGUCCACACCCACACCCGAACGCGAUCCAAUGGCCCCCGAUCACCACCUUCAAAUAAGCAAUGCUUUGCCUCCCUCUUGAAUGCCUUCUCCAAGCACCCCACCCAACUCAUGCAAAUCCAUGCACUCCUACUCACAACAGGACUCUCACGUAAAAACAGCCUCAUCACCAGCCUCAUUUCCGCUCUUCUUCUGAUGGGCCACACCAUCUACCCUCGCCGUCUCUUCGAUACCCUGCACAAGCCUCGUACCUUCCUUUGGAACACCCUCGUAAGAGGGUACGUGAAAAACGAUCUUUGUGCAGAAGCAUUAACUGUUUAUGAUCGGAUGCACCGGGCGGGUAUUCGUCCUGAUGAGUUCACGUUCCCUUUCGUGAUCAAGGCAUGCGCUGAGGUGGCCGGGAUUUGUGGUGGGCCCGUGGUCCAUGCCAUCGUCAUCAAAUAUGGAUUGGCGUUCGAUACUAUAGUAAGGACCGAAUUGAUGAUCAUGUACGCCAAGUUUGGAGACUUGGGUGCUGCAGAUUAUGUGUUUGAGAGCAUGACCGACCGAGAUUUGAUUUCUUGGAAUGCUUUGAUCACUGUAUAUGCGCAAGGGGGGCACGUAGAUAAGGCUUUAGCAUUGUUCGAGGGAAUGAAUUUGGAGGGAGUGAGGCCUGAUUCGGUAACACUUGCCAGCAUCCUCUCCGCCUGUGCUUAUUUGGGCUCAUUGGAGGUCGGGAUGUGGAUCCAUCGGCAGAUCAUCAAACAAGGGCUCCACAAGAAUUUGUUUGUGGACAAUGCGCUUUUGGACAUGUACGCAAAGUGCGGGAGCAUGGAAAUGGCGGGCUGGGUGUUCGACAAGAUGUGCCAGAGAAAUGUUGUUUCUUGGAGUACAAUGAUUGGAGGGUACGCGAUCAAUGGUGAGAGCGAGAAGGCGUUGGAGCUGUUUUCUUGUAUGUGGAGUGAAGGGGUGCAGCCAAAUCAGGUCACGUAUCUCAGUGUUCUCUUUGCAUGUAGCCAUGCAGGGCUCGUGAGACAAGGGCAGAUGUAUUUCAAUUACAUGUCCCGGCCCGGCAGCAAAAUCCAGCCGAAGAUAGAACACUAUGCAUGCAUGGUUGAUCUCUUUGGCCGAGCAGGAUACCUCUUGGAAGCCUACAAUUUCAUCACAAGAAUGCCGAUUGAGCCAGACUCAGGUGUUUGGGGAGCGUUGUUGGGUGCCUGCACAAUUCAUCAAAAUAUGGAAUUAGGCCAGCAUGUGGCUGAUCACUUAUUCAGUUUAGCUCCCAAGGCAGCUGCCUACCACGUCCUGAUGUCGAAUAUCUAUGCAGCUGCUGGGAGAUGGGCCGAUGUCGAGAAGAUACGGCAGAGAAUGAAAGAUCAUGGUGUGAAGAAAGUGGCUGCUUACAGCUCUGUAGAAUCAAAUGGUGAAAUUCAUGUAUUUCAUGGAGGAGAUCAAUCGCAUCCACAGUGUGUGAAAAUCUAUGAGGUAUUGGAGGAGCUGAUGAAGCAGCUGAGGAAUGUGGGAUAUACACCGAGAACCAGUGUUGUGUUGCAUGAUGUGGAGAUGGAGGAGAAAGAAGCUGUGCUUGGAACUCAUAGCGAGAAGCUUGCUAUUGCAUUUGGGCUGAUCAGUUUAAGGUCUGAGUUACCAAUAAGAAUCAUGAAGAAUUUGAGAAUCUGUAAUGACUGCCAUACUUUCUCUAAAUUUGUAUCCAAAGUGGUCGGUAGAGAGAUUGUUAUGAGAGAUAAGAACCGUUUCCAUCAUUUUAAAGGCGGUGUUUGUUCGUGCAAGGACUUCUGGUGAUUUCAAGCGUUAUUGACAGAAAUAGUUUUCCUGAUUUAUCAUCGGUGAUAGGUUAGAUGACUUAUAGAGUAGAGAAUUACAGAUGCCAUUCAUGGCGACAGGCAGAGAUUGAUGAGAAGAAUUCGCAGACAUGUGGGCACAAUUGCAGUAGCUAAAAGAUCAGGAAGUUCCACACAUCAGGAAUCAACCUAGAAGUUCAUAACAGAGGAUGAGAAGAGAAGGAACCAGUUUUACCUUCAUCAAA